AUGACCGCAUCGUCGGUUGCAGUCUGUUCAGGCAUCGGUUCGACCUGUUCGGCAUCAGGAUUGGGGGAUGCCUUGACCUUGUUCCAGAUGCUGGCCAUGUCGAAGCUCGAGCGCUGGCGUUGUCUUGCCGCUCGAGCGACUGGGAAGGGUGAGUUGUCCACGACGGGCGAGUCCGACGGUGGUCGGUCGAAGGGCGGUAAGCCGGCCGGACCAAAGCUGUCCCGGCGAUCGGAGACGGGUGAUUGAGCGCCUCUGACGCCUUCAUCGGUGUUGGCCGACAUGGAUUCUGGUCGUGGUGGUGCUGUCAAGUCUUUUCCGGAGCGCGAAGGAGAUCCGAGGUUGAUGAUCGGCGAAGUCUCGCGAACGAUGGGGGAUCGUGUCUGUGGGGGCGGUGAUUCACUCCCAGACCUCAGGGGUGACAUGGCGCGUGCAGGUGGCGACAUGCGACCUUCGAUGGGAGAGAUGGCCCUCGGACUCAUUCGCGCUGUUCGACUCGAGACAUUCUCCGACAUUGACGUCGACUGA